GAUCCGCGGCAGAGCGCUAACCUUUCAUUCAAGUAUAGACCGUAACGUCCGUUGCUUUGUAUCACCCGAAGGAUCCGUUAGCUGUUCAUCAUGGUUCGCAAUAUUGAAGACAUGGAAGAAUUCCAGGCUGCCCUGGCAGAAGCUGGCGACAACUUGGUGGUGGUGGAUUUCACAGCCUCAUGGUGCGGCCCCUGUAAAGUAAUUGGCCCCAAAUUCGUGGCCAUGGCAGCCCUGCCAGAAAACCGCAACGUGGUCUUCCUCAAGGUGGAUGUGGACGAGGCUGCGGAUGUUGCCGCACAUUAUGAAGUGAACUGCAUGCCUACCUUCCUUUUCUUCAAAAAUGGCGAGAAGAUCGAUAACUUUGCUGGGGCGAAUCAUAUCCUCCUGGAGCAGAAGGUGGUUGCUAUGCGGUGAAAGGACCACCCAAACUUGGAGGAACCACCACUUCUUUCCCGGUCCGAGCACGAACACCCACCUCCUCCACACCAACCGUCAAGACCCCUGCCCCCCCGCCCCCCAAUGAAACGUCUGCAAUACAGGCCGCCAUCAUGUUGUCAUUAUUCCGCUAGCAAUAGUUGAACAAUUAUCCAAUCUGUGCUUGGGACUUCAAAUUUUACCUUUUUUAUAUAUAUGGAUAUAUCACACAUUUGCUGUUUUGUAUUUGUUUUGUUGGUGGAAUGAAUAAAGACAACUAACAUUGUGUGCCGGGGUUUUG